AGAAGCCAUAAUAAUUUUGGAUAGAGCGACAACCGCCAUAACAUUUUGACUGAGAGAAGUGAUUGAAAGCGUUAGAGACAGAAGAAACGAGAAACACGAGUGAGAAAGAGAUUACCACAAAGAAAAAGUAAUGAGAUAACAGCGAAGCAUUAUGUUAACGAAAAUGUCAACCAUGUCCAUGUCCUUCCACUCCUCUGCUCUCUGCAAAGGCUCUUCCACCUUCUGCUCCCUCCCACGCGCCGCCGCACCCUUCCGCCUCAGGGCCUUCUCCACCGCCGUCUCCGACAAGCCCUCCGUUUGCACCGCCGACGAACUCCACUACGUCUCCCUCUCCAAUUCCGAUUGGAAACUCGCUCUCUGGCGCUACAACCCUUCGCCUCUCGCACCUCCGAGGAAUCAUCCUCUGUUGCUCUUGUCGGGAGUGGGGACUAACGCCAUUGGAUAUGACCUUUCCCCUGAGUCAUCAUUUGCACGUUACAUGUCUGGUGAGGGAUUUGAAACUUGGAUUCUUGAAGUACGAGGAGCUGGGUUGAGUGUUCAAGGUUCAAAUUCCAAAGAUAUUGAGCAGUCUGCCCUUGCAAUGUCUGAGACGAUGGAAUCUGCUUCAGAAAGUGCAACCAAUGGAGCUGUGGUCUCUAACAAAGAAUUGAAUAACAUGUCUUGUGCAGUAUCUGAACCUGAGAUUUCUGCCCCAAAUGGAGUAGAAACUGAGAAUGUGGCAGUCAAUGGAGACCUUACUAGGUUAGCUACUGUUUGGGAUGAAUCAAAGUUGGUGGCAAGAUUGACUGAGACUUUCAUGUUUUUGUCAGAAAGAGUCUCUGGGUUUCUUAGUGAAAGUCAAUCGAAGGUCAUGUUUUCCAAUUUACUAGAUCAGAUUUCAAAACUUUUGGUGGAUUCUCCUUUAUAUGAACAAUUCAAUGAGGUGAGGGGAAAGCUUUCAACUCUGUUUGAAACGAAGCAAAACUCUGGUAUUACUAGUCAAAUAAUUGAUCUGAAUCAAAAACUAGUAAAUAUUAUUGAGGAAGGUCAGCUCUCUGUUUCUCCUCCAUUAUUUGAUCUACAAGCUCGCUUUACUUCUACAAUAGAAGAUUUUCAAAAGCAACUUGACUUGAUAGUGAAGUAUGAUUGGGACUUCGAUCAUUACUUGGAAGAAGAUGUUCCUGCAGCGAUAGAAUACAUAAUGAAACAAAGCAUGCCUAAAGAUGGAAAAUUGCUUGCAAUUGGACACUCCAUGGGUGGUAUCUUGCUUUACUGUAUGCUUUCACGGUAUGGUUUUGAAGGAAAAGAACCCAAAUUGGCUGCAGUAGUUACACUGGCAUCGUCUCUGGACUACACAUCAUCCAAAUCAACUCUAAAGUUACUCUUACCCCUAGCAGAUCCAGCACAGGCUCUAAAUGUCCCUGUUGUUCCUUUAGGGGCAAUGCUGGCAGCAGCUUAUCCUCUUUCAUCUCGUCCACCAUAUGUAUUAUCAUGGUUAAAUACCCUGAUUUCAGCUGAGAACAUGAUGGAUCCGGAUUUAUUAAAAAGACUUGUUUUGAAUAACUUCUGCACCAUACCCGCAAAACUUAUCUUGCAGCUCACUUCAGCAUUUCGAGAACGUGGUUUAUGUAACAGAAAUGGGACUUUUUCUUACAAGGACCAUCUACACAAAAGCAAUAUCCCUAUCUUAGCUAUUGCUGGAGACCAGGAUCUGAUUUGCCCACCUGAAGCUGUGGAAGAAACCGCUAAGCUAAUUCCUGAGCACCUGGUUACGUAUAAAGUUUUUGGAGAACCUGGAGGCCCACAUUAUGCUCAUUAUGAUUUAGUUGGAGGAAGACUGGCAGUGGAGCAGGUGUAUCCCUGUAUAAUUGAAUUUCUUAGUUGUCACGACAAGUGAUGUACUCCAUCAAUUUUCAUCAAAUACAUUCUUCUUGGAUCAUGCUUGAUAAUUACAUUCCAAACAGGUACAUUAAACAAUGAAGAAAAGGUGAAAGAAUUGAUCAGACCUUUUGUGCAUUAGAGCAAGAGGGUUCCGCUUUUUUUGUUUCCUAACCAUAGCAGCAAAAGGUCGAGGAUAUAGAAAUAGGAAUGAUGAGGAGUCUGUAAUUUUUUUUAUUAUUGCAGUAUUGCCUCUUAAUUGCUAAAAGUAUAUGUACAUAAUUUCUUACCAGAUGCAGUUUUUAUGUGACUAUAAUUAACCUGCCAGUUUCUUAAAUUUGUUUUACCAACA